CCCAUUUCAUCUCAUCUCAUCUCAUCUCGUCUCAUCUCCCACCCGCCAGCUCAAUAAAACGACCCUCACUAUCCCUCAGCCGACUCGCUUGCGCCCGUCGCUCCACCCAGAUCACCAUGGCCUCCGACCCCGAGACCAUCCGCAUUGGCUAUGUCCCCGGUAUGACCCCGUGCCCUCGUUCCCCAACUAUUAUAUACUUUGUCCCUCGUUCCACCGCAGCCACGACAAUACCAAUGACCCGGGCUCACUCCAUCCGCAAGCCACGGCCCAUGAUUAUCGGAACUGACAUCCCAUCCAUGUAGAACACUACCUCACCCCCCUCCACCUGGCCCUGCGCUCGCCAGCCCAGGCCGCCCUCCCAUUCAAGAUCUCUCUGAUCCCCUUCCCCUCCGGGACAGGCCACAUGAUCACGUCCCUCCGCGAGAAGGAAAUCGACAUCGGCAUCGGAUUGACCGAAGGAUGGGUGGCCGGGCUGGCGGGGAAGCAGCAGGCGCAGAAGGAUCCCGCGGAGGGCGGCUACAAGGUGGUCGGACACUGGGUGGACACGCCGUUGCGCUGGGCCAUCGUGACGGGUCGCGAGAGAGAGGAUAUCCAGUCGGUGGCCGAUCUGAAGGACAAGCGAGUCGGUGUCAGUCGUCUGGGAAGCGGCUCCCACAUCAUGUCCUUCGUGCUCGCCCAGCAGCAGGGCUGGCAAUCGGACUCCCUGUCCACCGUUCCCUUGGGCCCGUUCCAGGCCCUGCGCAACGGCGUCACUGGGUCCGAUCCUGCGCAGCCCGAGCUGCCACCUAACCCCACCGCCGAGUUCUUCAUGUGGGAACAUUUCACCACCAAGCCGUAUUUCCAUCCCACGGAGGAGAAGCCCCAGCCGCCAUUGAAGAAGAUCGGGGAGAUCUAUACACCCUGGCCGUCGUGGAUGGUCGUGGCGUCUACUUCGACUUUCUCGAAUGUGGAGGUCAACGGCAAGCUGGAGCAGCUGUUGAAGUUCCUUGAUCAAGGUGUGAAGGACUUCCAGGCUGAUUUGCCGCAGGUGGUUCAGCUGCUCGGUACGGGAGAGCUAGGGUGUACGUAUGGAGAGGAGGAUGCGACGGAGUGGCUGAAAGAUGUCAGGUUCACAGGCGAAGUGCGGGGCGUGCAGCGCGCGAUCAUCGAGGGCGUCGUGGAUGUCCUCAAGGUCGCGGGGGUGAUUGACACCUCCAUGAGCAAUGAUGAGGCUGUUGCGCGCGUCGUGGGCAUCCAUCAAUAAGCCGAGUACAGUCAUUAUGUUGGAUGGAAGCAAGCCAGACUUCUGCGUGCUGUGCGGGAUAUCCGGCAACUUUUGUGUCUAUGAUGAAUCUGGAGUGAACAUAUUCAAUUGAGAUCCCCUUAUUGGGAGUCAAACUGCUCAUCAACCUGAUAGUCAUGCACCAGUCCAGGCUUCCGUACCGCAGCAAGUGUUCUUUUGUCUGCUAACCCUUGGGAUACAGAUCAUGAGGGGAUAAUCUGCUUGCGGGAGGUUAUUCUUCUGCCAUCUCACUGAUCGACAGAGCUAGCUGCAGCCGAUUAUGCUGAUUGAUAGAAACAGAAGCAGGCCUGAUAAGGCGUACAUACCUUCAUCACCGGG